GAAAUACAACCCUAGUCAUCUUUGGAAGAAAUCGGGAUUCUCGACGUAGUAUUGCGCUUCUUGCAGUUGCUGCUUGUAAUCGCCCCAUCUUCUUUGCUUCCUUUUCUUGCUGCGGACAAGACCACGACAUAUACACAACCAAAGGGCGGUGUUCAGUCCGAGGGGAUUCCGGCCCCGCUGGCAUGCGGAAACCCUCGGCUUGUGCUGCGUGCCGGGCUCGCAGGCGUAAGUGUCAAACUCGCGAGGGCCUCGUCGACUGCGUUUACUGCAACGAGAGGGGCAUCAAAUGCGAUCAAAGACCGCCCGAGGGAGGCUACUAUGAGCAACGAGAGAAUCAGCGUAAAGAACGCCUAGUAGACGAGCGGGACCUAUCCGUACAUCAGCAAAGUAGUUACAACGCAGCAGCCCGAAGUGCAUCGUCUGCAUCUCAAAGUGGUGGCUGGUGCACCCGUUGUGAGACCACUUCACAAGCCGCCGCCGCACUGCCCAGUCUGCCGGUGCGGCUGGACCUCGUCAGACUCUACUUUGACUACAUCCAUGACCAGUUCCAUUCCCUCUUCCAUCGGCCGAGUUUCAUCGAGGAUGCACUCGGCGACCGAGUGCACCACGGCAUCCUCUUUGGUAUCUGCGCGCUAUCUGCGAGAUUCUCAACCGACCCGGAGUUUGCAGACGUUGACCCUCGAGAUAGAAGCCAUGCUUACAUACAAGCUGCCGAGGCGCUUCUAAACCUACGCGAUGUAUCUCUGCCAACGAUACAACUCAGCGUGUUGAUAGGGGCAGCAUUGACUGCCAAUGGCGAUGGAGAAUCAGAAAACAUCUACUACGGCGUCGCAUGCCGCAUGGCGCAGCUGCUUGACCUACCAGGAAGACCGGCUACCAGUCUCCUGGAACGAGAGAUCAACAUACGGGUCUGGUGGUCGCUCUGCAUGAUCGACGUGUGGUCCUCCACUGCGGUGAAGUUACCCAAGCUGCUCCCGGCGAGAUCUGACAUCCCCUUGCCGAUGGACGAUCUACCGUUUCUCUCGUUGAGCCGCAGCGGAGCCGGAGUAACAGGUACGGCAUCGGCCGCACAAAGCUCUCAACUCCUCUCGCAGAUGGUAAGACUCAACAGGAUCUUGUUGGACGUCAACGACUUUAACCAGCGUUGCGUUGCGGAUAACCCUACCUGGGAUGUCCUCGAGCAGGGCGUUGAGUCUCUAAGCAUAAGAAUGGAAGACUGGCUCGCCGCACUUCCGGCGAAUAUGCGUGAUACCCCGGAGAACUUUGCUUGGUUUGCAGCCCGGGGCCAGGGCCGAACAUUUGCGGCCGUUUACCUGGGCUAUUACCACUUUGGCCAGCUCUUGUAUUACCAGUUUCUCUACGGCGCGGCGACGACGACAGCCAUCAACCCCACGGCCUCAGCCUCUGUGGCAAGAAGGGACUCGUACGCGAAGCGCUGCAAGGAACACGCGGCUCGUUUAUGUGAUAUGGUCUACCGCACCCAGACAACUGCCGGGUCGGACGUGCGGUACACAAUGACGGCGCAUGUACUCGUCAUCGCGUCGACGGUACAGAUUCACACACUCUUAUUCAGUGGGGAUGAGGCGGAUAUUGGUGUAGCUCGGAGGAGGCUGGAGAGGAAUUUCGAGUUGCUGAUGCAACUACGGUGUUACUGGCCUACUACUGACCGGGCCAUCAGCCGUCUAAGAGCAUUCCAUCAGACGGCACGUACGAGCAUCGACACGAGUUUUGUUCUGGACCGUUGGAUGUUGAGAUUCUUGGUUGAGUUCGCGGAGCCAAUGGAAGAAAAGGAACGUGGAGACGGAGAGGAGAUGGAGUCAUUGUGGAUGGACGGGCCCCCGGUGAGGGGAGCCGGACCUGUGUAGUGAAGCUGGGGAACCGCUUCCGGACUCUUGGCCCGUUGAUGGAGACAAUCAUCUCAAUGCAGUG